GCGCACACACGCACACGCGCACACGCGCACUCUCAAUCCAGACACACGUCCAGGGAUCAGCACAGUCGCCACCGGGAGCUCAACGGAGAGGGAUCAUCGGGAUCGCAACACUUUCAGCCGCCGCUGGUGUCGACACAUAAUCACCACCUGCGUUGACCUUUUUAAUAAAAAAAAAAAUAUUAUUUUCUAAUCGUGUACAUCGCGGAGGGUGUCGGAUACCGGGAGGACGCCAUGGGAGAGCUCACGGCGUUUCUGCUGUUACUGGUGGCGACCUUGACGCUUUCAUCCGAGGUGCCUGCCGAUGACUCUGUGGGUUUGCAAACUGAGCCCCAGGUGGCCAUGUUCUGCGGGAAGCUCAACAUGCACAUCAACGUGCAGAGUGGCAAAUGGGAGUCUGACCUCUCGGGCACGAAGAGCUGCAUCGGCACCAAGGAGGGCAUCCUGCAGUACUGCCAAGAGGUGUACCCAGAGUUGCAGAUUACAAAUGUCGUGGAGGCCAACCAGCCCGUCAGCAUCCAGAACUGGUGCAAGAAAGGCCGCAAGCAAUGCCGCAGUCACACACACAUUGUGGUGCCGUACCGCUGCCUGGUUGGGGAGUUUGUGAGCGAUGCCCUGCUCGUGCCUGACAAGUGUAAGUUCCUGCACCAGGAGCGUAUGGACCAGUGUGAGAGCCAUCUGCACUGGCACACUGUCGCCAAAGAGUCCUGUGAAGACCGUUCCAUGAAUCUCCAUGACUACGGGAUGCUGUUGCCAUGCGGUAUCGACCGUUUCCGAGGGGUGGAGUUUGUCUGCUGUCCUGCGGAGGCGGAGCGAGAGUCAGACAGCGCAGAGCUGGAGGGGGAGGAGUCAGACGUUUGGUGGGGUGGAGCUGAGGCCGAAUACUCUGAGAACAGCAUGUCGCACCCGGCAGACACCGAGGCAGCCGCCGCUGAGGAUGAAGAAGAUGAGGACGAAGAGACGGAGACUUUUGAAAGGGAUGAGAACGGAGAUGGCGACACAGAUGAUGAUGAUGAGGAGGAGGAGGAGGAAGACGACGACGACGUGAUGGAUGAACGGGAUAGCGAUGAGCGCAAUGCUAACAUCGCCAUGACCACCACCACCACCACCACCACUGAAUCGGUCGAGGAAGUCGUUCGAGCCGUUUGUUGGGCUCGUGCGGAGUCAGGCCCCUGUCAUGCCAUGCUGCAGCGUUGGUACUUCCUGCCUGAGAAGGCCCGCUGUGUUCCCUUCUUCUUUGGGGGCUGUGGGGGCAACAGGAAUAACUUUGAUUCGGAGGAGUACUGCCUGGCUGUCUGCAGCAGCUCGUUGCCCACCGUGGCCCCCAGUCCUCCGGACGCCGUGGAUCGGUACCUCGAAUCUCCCGGGGACGACAACGAGCACUCUGACUUCCAGAAGGCCAAAGAAAGCCUGGAGGCCAAACACCGUGAAAAGAUGUCCCAGGUGAUGAGGGAGUGGGAGGAGGCCGAGAGGCAGGCCAAGAACCUUCCUCGUGCUGACAAGAAAGCCGUCAUCCAGCACUUCCAGGAGAAGGUGGAGGCUCUGGAGCGGGAGGCAGCAGGAGAGAGGCAGCAGCUGGUGGAAACCCACAUGGCCCGGGUGGAGGCUCUGCUCAACAGCCACCGACGCCUGGCUCUGGAAACUUACCUCACUUCCCUCCAGGCCAAUCCCCCACAGGCUCGUCAGGUGUUGAGCCUGCUGAAGAAGUACGUCCGUGCGGAGCAGAAGGACAGGCAGCACACGCUGAAGCAUUAUGAACACGUCCGCACAGUCGAUCCCAAGAAGGCCGCACAGAUCCGACCUCAGGUUUUGACCCACCUGCGUGUGAUUGAUGAGAGGAUGAAUCAAUCCGUCGAUCUGCUCUACAAAGUUCCCAGUGUGGCGAAUGAGAUCCAAAACCAAGUCUCUGUUAUAAUGCAGAGAGUUCAGGCGGAGCUGUCUCAGCAGGUCUCUUCACUGCAGAGCGACGGACGGGUGGACGGCAGGGUGAGCUACGGUAACGACGCUCUGAUGCCUGAUCAGGCCUACAGCUCUGCUCCUAUGGACCCUGGCCUGGACAGACUGGGUUUCAUCCACCCCGAGAGCUUCAACCAGCCCAAUACAGAGAACCACGUUGAGCCUGUUGAUGCUCGUCCGAUUCCAGAUAGAGGACUCCCCACACGAGCUGUAUCUGGGCUGAAGCCAGAAGAGAUGCCAGAAGUGCGGAUGGAGACUGAAGAGAGGCAAAGUGCUGGUUAUGAGGUUUACCAUCAAAAACUGGUGUUUUUCGCUGAGGAUGUGGGGUCCAAUAAAGGUGCCAUUAUUGGACUUAUGGUCGGCGGGGUUGUCAUAGCAACUAUCAUUGUCAUUACUUUGGUGAUGCUGAGGAAGAAACAAUACACUUCGAUUCAUCACGGUGUUAUUGAGGUGGAUGCGGCUGUGACACCAGAGGAGCGUCAUCUGGCCAAGAUGCAGCAGAAUGGCUACGAGAAUCCCACCUACAAAUUCUUCGAGCAGAUGCAGAACUAAAGCGCUGCUCGUCAACAUGUUCUCCAGACGUAUCCCCCCCCCGCACUGUUCCUUUCUGGUCCCCCUGCUCCCUCACUUUCUCACCUUGUUUAAGGCAAAGGAAAGGUGUGAAGAGUACCGCAAAAUGCACAUUUUUAUCCUUUUGGACAAAAAGAUGAGUGAAAUCGUUGUACCCGUUGUGCCAAAGGUAAAUGAAACGGAGCAACGCCUUCUUAAUCCCUGAUCCCCUCGAUUGUAAAGAGCCACACUUGAGCUCAUAUUUACCCAUAAUUGAUCAGACACGGGUUCCCCGUUUCACCUGCACAUUUCAGCCAAUCGUAACAAAAAACGUCAUAAUGUUUGUACUGAAAAACCCUGUUGAUGAUUUAUAUGAAGUCCCGCAGCCGAGACCAGAAACAUGAAAAUCCAAGCAAUUUAAUUUGCCGUCCCUCCCUCCUCCCCCUCCCACACACACACUCACACACUCCAAUGACAACGUCGCUGUGUUUGAUGACAUAACGGCUAUUAAAGCUGGCAAUGGGCGGAGGGGCCUCUCCGCACAAUUGGAGCUCAACUGUUUCAGGU